GGACGCACACGCGCACACCGUGAUCUGGUUUAACGUGACUGAGACGGCACUAGUAACACGCGCGCGCACACACACGCGCUCACACCCAUCACAGCUCACGAGCCCCGGAGACAGAGGAGAAGCGCAGCAGGCUGUGGGUCAGAGGAGCCGGGCUCGAGAGGAGAGGAAGGACGGAGGAAGAGGAGAGGAGGAGGGGGCGUCAGUCAGCGGCGUGAGGCCAUUUUAACACGAGCAUCUCUCAUCUAUAGAGAGAGAGAAAAAACGAGAGAGAGAGAGAGAGAGAGAGAGAAAACGAUCAGAAGAAGAAGAUGGAGGGAAUGGCGUAUGGAGCUGGGAAGGCUGGAGGAGCCUUCGACCCCAUCACUUUCUUCCAGCAGCCUCACACCGUCCUCCGCAUGGUGUCCUGGCUCUUCUCCUUGGUGAUAUUCGGUUGCAUAGCUAACGAAGGAUACGUGAAUCGACCUAAUGAAGUAGUGGAGUACUGCGUCUACAACCGCAACCAGAACGCCUGCAACUACGCUGUCGGCAUGGGCACCCUGGCCUUCCUCUGCUGCAUGGCCUUUCUGGCCCUGGAUGUCUACUUCCCUCAGAUCAGCAGCGUGAAGGACCGCAAGAAAGCGGUGCUGGCUGACGUGGGGGUGUCAGCGUUCUGGUCCUUCGUGUGGUUCGUGGGAUUCUGUUUCUUGACCAAUCAGUGGCAGGUGGCGAAACUCGACGAUAAUCCUCUGAAGGAAGGUGCAGACGCAGCUCGGGCGGCCAUCACCUUCGCCUUUUUCUCCAUCUUUACCUGGGCAGGGCAGGCGUUCCUGGCCUUUCAGAGGUAUAAGCUGGGGGCGGAUUCGGCCCUGUUCUCUCAAGACUACACCGACCCCAGCCAGGACGCAGCGGCCGCACCCUACAGCGCGUUCACCAGCGGAGACGACCUGGAGAGCCCUGGGGGAACCGGAUCGUACCAGCAGCCCAGCGGCGACGGCGCGUUCGACGGGUCUGCCGGGUACCAGCGCCAGGACUACUGAAGAGUUCAGUCACUGCUGAAAGGUGGCACAGGGUUGUGUUGGCACUAUAGGAGACUUGCAGGCUUACCAGACAUUUUACAGCAAACGCAAUAUACACCAUACACUACUGUUCAAAAAUUCAGAAUCACCAGUCUUAAAGUCAUAUCGUUUAAUAAAACAGUUAGGCCCAUACAUGUUUGGACAGUGUAUCUUCAUUAUUUGGGCUCUGCACGCCACUCAUCUGGGUUUGAAAUAAAACAGCUUAGAUAUAACUGAAGUGUAGACUUUCAGGUUUAUUUCAAGGGGCUGAACAUAAAUAUCAUAUGAAGCUUUUAGGAAUUACAAUCAGUUUCUACAAAGCAUCCUCAUUUCAGGGGCUCAAAAGCAAUUGGACAGAUUUGGCCGUUUUAUGGGCUGUAUAGGCUGUUCCCUCAUUAUUCCAUCAUUAGUUAAGCAGGUCAAAAGUCUGGAGAUGAUUCCAGCUGAUGAUAUGAACCCACAACAUGUAGUCAAAAGAGAUCUCAAUGAAAUCUCAAUGACUAUCAUUAGCCUGAAAAAUGAAGAAAUUUAUCAGAGAGAUAACCCUUCACAACACGCUCACCAUGGAGGUGUAUCAGUGUCUUAGAGGAAAAUUCAUGAAAACAAAAACAGGGUUCACCACAAGGUGAAAAUCAUUAAUAAAAAGUCCAGAUAAUCCUCUACUGACUGGAAUGGUGGGAAAAAGAAAGUAUGGAGAAGGCUUGGCAGUCAUUGCCUACAAAGGAUUCUCAACAAAGUAUUAAUAAUUACCUUUUUAUUUAUGGUAAGGUUCAUUUGUCCAAUUACUUCUGAGCUUUUUGUAGAAAAAUGGUUGUGAUUCCUAAUCGCUUAAUAGGAAAUGUUUGUUCCACCCCUUAAAUUAAACCUGAAAGUCUACAGUUUAAUUACAUCUCAGUGGUAGCAUGCAGAGCCCAAAUAAGGACGAUUGUGUCAUAACAUUUUGAUGUUUAAGCAAUAUUUCUAGUUCGUAUGCAUUUAUUUAUAUUAUUAAAUAUUUUUAGAUUUUAUUUCUUUUUCUUAACUUUAGCUCCAUAGGCAAUGGUGUAUCAAUGCGAUGGCCAAUUGAUCAUUAUUUUUUUGAGGGUUAAAACAAUAAACAUUGUUUUAAAAAACUAAUGGUAAAACAGAUAUCAGAUUAAUGGCUCCUCCGUGACAUCUUUAAUUAAACAACACACAACACAUUAAAACACACCUCCUGACACAGUAGCCAAAUAAAGCUAAUUCUCAUUCUAAUUCCCAUUUUAGUGGGGAAGGUGCUGUGGUUACCCACUAAGGGACACCAAUAACAUAUUGACAAAACAGCUAUUCUUACUACCAACUGUAAUAAGCUAUACAAUAGAUUACAAAUUAUAGUUACAGAAACAUUCCAAUCUACCAGUACAUAAAUGCAUAUACAUGCAGCUGUUAUGCAGCUUAAUUAUUGAAUCAUAUAUUGUUCAUCAGUGUCAUAUUUUAUAAGCAGAGUGGUAAAAAGCAGGUAAAUUGAAGAAAGGUUGUAUGAAUGUGUUUUUUAACCAAACUGAAUAUGAUUCCUAACAUUUAAAUCAAAACUCAAAUAAAAACAGUGAAUCUGAACUUUUGGACAGCAGUGUAUAAGGCAUAUAUAGAACCACUUAUAGCCCUGCAGACUACAUUUAUUUGGUGUGUCCCAUACAGAAGUCUUCUAUAUCUUAAAUUAUAUAUGUAUAUAUCUUAUUAUUAGAAAAUAAGAAUUUGUUUAUUAUAUUAUAAAAUACCAAAAUAUGACAGGAGAAGAAACAGACUUUAUGAAAAAGUCAUUUUGGAGCAUCUCUAUUGUAUAAUACCAUUGUACAAUACAACGUGUUUUACAUAUAGCUAAUAAAAUUUAUAUUUACAUACAUGUUUACUACAGAUACAUAUUAUCAUCAUCAUUAACUUAAAUGGUCUUAAAAUGACAAUAAUAUACUUGAUCACAAUUAUUUUUGGGACAAUAUAUUGGUACUGAAUUUGGCACUGAAACAGUGUGUAUGUAUUUUACAUAUACCUACUAUAAUUAAUAAUUACACAUAUGUUUUUUUUACAGAUAUAUAUAUAUCAUCAUGAUAUUAACAGGAUAAAAUGUUCCUAAAACAACAAUAAUAUCCUUUAUCCAAUUAUUUCUUGGACAAUAUAUUGGUGCUGAAUUUGGCGCUGAAACAAUGUAUAUGUAUUUCACAUAUACAUACUAUAAUUAAUAUAAAUAUUUUUACACAUAGGUUUACUACAGAUAUAUAAUAUACUAAUAUCAAUAUUAUUAUAUUAAUAUAUUGAACAAUUUCUAAAAUGACAAUAAUAUCUUUUAUCACAAUAAUUUAUUGGACAAUAGAUUGGCGCUGCAAUUGGCACAGCAAUAAUUAAUAUGUAUUUCACAUAUACAUACUAUAAUUAGUAUACACAAAUAUGUUUAUUACAGAUAUAGCGUAUUAUCAUUGUAAGUAGCAUGAAUUGCUCUUAAAUCCGUAAAAAUAUUGUUAAUUGCAAUCAUUUCUGGGAUAGUAUAGAUAUCGGUUAAACAUUAAAAAAAAAAAAAACAGGCCUAAUUCUUUAAUAAAUGUUCAUAUGUGGCCAUAUUCAGACUUCUGUAUGGGAUAUAUGUAUAUUGUUUUUUCUGCUCAUUCAGAAGCCAGUAUGGGACUGUGUUGGGUGAAUGGAAUGAGGUAUGGUACUUUGUGAGCCAGGCCCAGUGCUCACAGUCAUACCAGUUUGCCUUUAACUUGAAUGGUGAGUCCGCGUUCGGAGAGCCAUUGGGUGUGUUUGAGUCCAGCAGACAUAUUUUAUAUUUUGCAUGUAUAACCAAUAUAUGUAUAGACUGCUCUGGAAAAAAAUUAAGUGACCACUUCAGUUUCUGAAUCAGUUCCUCUGAUUUUGCUAUUUAUAGGUAUAUGUUUGAGUAAAAUAAACAUUGUACAGACAUUUCUCCCAAAUUCCAAAUAAAAAUAUUGUCAUUUAGAGCUUUUAUUUGCUGAAAAUGAGAAAUGACUAAAAUAACAACACCAAAAAAAGAUGCAGAGCUAGAUAGACCUCAAAUAAUGCAAAGAAAACAAGUUCAUAUUGAUAAAGUUUUAAGAGUUCCGAAAUCAAUAUUUGGUGGAAUAACCCUGGUUUUUAAUCACAGUUUUUAUGCAUAUUGGCAUGUUCUCCUCCACCAGUCUUACACACUGCUUUUGGAUAACUUUAUGCCACUCCUGGUGCAAAAAUUCAAGCAGUUCAGCUUGGUUUGAUGGCUUGUGAUCAUCCAUCUUCCUCUUGAUUAUAUUCCAGAGGUUUUUAAUUUGGUAAAAUCAAGGAAAAACAUCAUCAUUAAUUGGUCUCUUAUUUAUUUUCCAGAGCUGUAUAUCAAGAUCUGCACAAAGUUUGCUGUACUUAACUGCACCCAUCAGGUUCAGCAAGAGCAGACUGAGAUGAAAAGUGAAAAGAACUCGCCUGUGUCCCAGUAUAAUGUUUGUUUAAUGUGCAAGUUUGGCAUCUGAAUAUAAAAACCACAACUCACGUUGCUGUUGGCAGCUGCCUGUAGCCUUUGGUCAUAUCUUAACACUGCCGGUUAAGGACAUGUCUGAUCACAGUGCCUCAGUCUGCAUUCUCUUCGACCACAGAAGAAAUGGGGUGUGUGUUAGUGAAUAUGUUCUUUGUCUGUCCGUAUGCCUGUGUGUCUCUUGUCAGUCUCUUUGUCUCUGUGUGGUGCUGGGGAAGGAUGGAGGGAUG